UUUCCGACGCGCGGCCUGGCCAGCGCCGCCCCCCGGCAGCCCGCCCCCGCCACGGACUGCAUCUCCCGGCGUGCAGCGGGGCUGCGGCGCACCGGCACGGCCCACCAUGGCGGCGGCGCUCGGCAGACUGCGGGGGCUGCUGGCGGCUGCAGGACCGGCGGCGAGUAACGGCAGGCCCUGGGGGCGGCUGAGCCCGCCGGGCACACGGCUCCUCGGGCAGAGCUGCCACCGGCCAGCGCCAGCGGGGCCGCGGGCCGGCCCGGAGCCAGGUGGCGGGGGGCUCCCCGAGGGGGUGGAGUACAUCCCCACGCGCAAGAAGGGCAAGAACCCGAUGAAGCCCGUGGGGGUGGCCUGGUACAGCCUGUAUGCCCACACACGGCUGGGCUACCUCUUCUACCAGCGGCAGGUGAAGAAGGCCCGGGAGCGGUACCCGCACGGCCACUCCAUGCCCCAGCCCCGCUGCUUCCUCGGAGUGAAGAUCCUGCCCAUUCCCGUGCUCUCUAACAACUACAGCUACCUGGUCAUUGACACUGGCUCUGGCCAGGCAGCCGUCAUCGACCCCUCCGACCCACUGGCCGUGCAGGCUGCCAUUGAAGAAGAAGGGGUGGUGCUGGAGGCCAUAUUCUGCACCCACAAACACUGGGAUCACAGCGGGGGGAACGCGGCGCUCCGCCAGCGGCACAGCUCCUGCAAGGUGUACGGCAGCGCUCUAGAUUCCAUCCCAGAGCUCACCAACCCGCUUGCAGACAGGGAGAAGGUGAGUGUGGGCUGCCUGACCUUCGAGGCACUUGCCACCCCUGGCCACACCGUGGGGCAUAUGGUGUACGUGCUGGAUGGGGGGCCCUUUGGUGGCCCCUCCUGCCUCUUCUCUGGGGACCUCCUCUUCCUCGCUGGCUGCGGCAGGCUGUUUGAGGGCUCCCCUGAAACCAUGCUUGCCUCCCUGGACAUGGCCGUGGGCUUGGGCGAUGAAACGCUGCUGUGGCCGGGCCACGAGUACGCGCUGGAGUGCCUGACCUUCGCCAGACUCCUGGAGCUGGACAACCCUGCGCUGGAGCAGAAGCUGCAGUGGGCAAUGCAGCAGCGCCAGGAGAAGAGGAGCACGUGCCCCUCCACCCUGGGGGAGGAGCAGGCCUACAACCCCUUCCUGCGGACCCACCGGCCGGAGCUGCAGGCAGCGCUGGAGCUGCGGCAGGGCAAGGAGGAGCACCCAGAUGCCUUCCGUGCCCGCGUCCUCAAGGAGGUGCGGAGGCGCAAGGACCUCUACAAAGCCACCUAGACUCCCCUCUCCAGACCCCACCUUUUCCAUGGGGCUGGGUGCUGCUCAGGCACCGGAGACUUGAGACAAUAUGGUUUGUUUUGCUGUGAAUCUCCCUCCUGGGGUGCAGGAUUGGGGGGGGAAGAGUGGACCCCUCCAUAUAGGCACCCCAUAAGUGAUAAGCCUUUGCUCCCCAAAACUUGGGGGUCACCAGCUGUCAUGUAGAAGCACCUUGAUCCUCUUUCUGGGGGUCUGUAGCCCCCUACCCCACUGCUGGGGCUGUAGGGACUGCACCAAGGGCUGUUCCUAACACACACACCACACCCCCCUGUUUUUCUGGGAGCCCCAAUUUCCCUCCCCCCCCAGUACUCAGGGAGUGCCCCCUUCCCCUCGCAGCCCCCAGUGCUGUACACGUCCUUUGAGGGGUGGGGGGGUGGAGCCAGCAAGGGAGGGGCCCCAGUACUACCUCCAGGCAACGGGCUCUCCUCCAGCACCCCAAGCUUGGUGCCAGAGCCGCCCCACCCCACGCACACACACUGGGGGCACACUAGUGGGGUGUGGGGGAGUGCUGCUGUACUGGGGACUGGACCCCCACACCACCCCCACCCGCCAAAUAAAAGACUGGCACGGA